CAUGUGAUUUUCUCUUUUUCUUUUGUUUGUUUUAUGUGCAUUUCUUUUUCUUUCUUUAUAAAAAAGAAAAAUGCCCUUUUCAAAUAGACAGUCUUAUUUGAACAACAAUAAUGCUUUUGAUCUUACUUGGCGAAACUAUCUUCCCUCUUUGUCUGAAUUCAACUGUUGUUGUCUAAGACAAAAGGGAAUCCAACUUGAAGACGAUCCUAUUAUUGAACCCGUCUAUUAUAACGAUCAUAGUCUCUAUAGAGGAGAAUCCCUGGAGAGCUACCUAAAUAACCCUAGAGACUGGGAAUUUGAGUCAGUCUUGGGUCAAAGUGAUUUUUUGACUCGAAAUCCUUUUAUAAGAAAGAAAUCACAUCGAAAGAAGCAUCGAGAAAGAUCUGCUGUCAUGGAAACAGAUAUGGAAGACGGUGAUAUUGCUGGUUAUGAGCUGUAUGAUGAUGCUGAAUUCUUGGGUGACGAUCAAAUUGCUCAUUUGGCUUAUCACAGGUCAAAUUCACAGGUGAUGAACCCAUAUGGUCAAGAUGAACCAGCCUUUUAUGCAGCCAGAAUAAUGCCUGAUAUAAACUUGACAACAGCAGAAGGCUCAAAAUCUUUGGUUAUUGAUGAAUCAACACAAUCCCUAUUGAAUCAAAAACUAGACUAUAUCAAAAAGAAUAUGGCACAAAUGAACCAAGAAGAAGACGAUUUAUUUGAAAGAAAUACAUUGAAUACAUUAUGUCCUCCUGAAGAAAGACAUCCAACUGGAAUAUCAGAUAUUGACUCAGUUGCAAGUGAAGCAUUAGAAGUCUAUGAAAAUACACAUCAGCAUCAAUUAGAGCAAGACACAAGGCGAUAUUCUGAUGAAUUACACCUUCCAUCUCAUGUCGAUAAUACCCCUUUUGUAUCUGACCAACACCCUUUUAGCUAUUUCAAUGAACAAAAUGUAAAUAGCGAUAGUCUAAAUGUACAAACAGUUUUCAAUCUCGGUAGAAAAUGGCUAGGUGUCUAAAUUAUUGCCUUCAACAUUUUUUUGGCCUCUUUUGGAAUUUGUGUAAUGAGAAAUAAAAUGACACAUUUCGCUCAUCAUUUUUCUUUGCGUUGUUAUUGUUCAUUGCCUGUAAAAUAAUUCGAGUUUGACGUGAAUGUAACAGUUUGUAGCCAUGACGUAAUUGUCAAAAACCU